AUGUACCGUAGGGUGCGGCAGGUUGGCUUUAUUCCUGUACUCCAGAGCUUCGGGCCGUCCCCCCUGGAGCAGUGGGAAAUGAAAGUGGAGCGAAACGGCUUCGUGCGCCGCGUGACGGACGAGCAAGUGCGAUCACUGGCCAUCGAGUUGUCCAGCACGAACGUGUCGACGUGUUACUUGCGCUGUCCCCGAAAGCGCCGUGCCUCCCUCGGCAUCAACAUGAAAUACAUCGAGUUGGUCAUCAAAAACAUGAACAAGUACUUCACCGUAGAAAUCACGGUCCUGGACGACCGCAACGUCCACCGGCGCAUCAGGUUAAGCAAUUUUGAGAGUCGGCACCGCAUCCAGCACUUUAGCGCCUCGUUGCCGCUCUGCCUGAAACAAGGCUGGAACGAAAUGAGCAUCGACCUGGACGAUUUGACGGGCAAGCUCUUCAGGAGCAAAUACGUCGAGGCUACGAGGAUACAGAUACACGCCAACUGUCGGAUCCGCGUCAUUUACUUUCACGACAAGAUAUACGAGAGCCAGUACGUGCCGCAGAAUCUCAAGAUGUUCCUGCCCGUGGGCCAUGGAAGCCGUAAGAGCAAAGCCGAGGACGAAGAAGUUCCGCCACCGGGUAAGAAGACCGGCUCGAUAGCGUUUGCCGAUCUCUUCGAAGGCGAGUACGAAGAGGAGGAGGAGGAGGACGAGGGGCCAGAGGGUAUGGGGUACUUGGACCCGAUGCUUGCGAGGAUAGAGGAGGAGCCGCCGGACGUUCCGUCGCAAGCUCCGUCGAUCGGGCACGGCUCGAUGAUCAUUGCUCUGGGCGAGGGUGACGAUGAGCCGAUUGGGGGAUACUACGACGACGACGAGCCGAGGUUGGAGAAAACGGCGCUGGACGGAGAGGAAAGUGCCGGGGGGGAUCGCGAGGAUGCCGACGGAGGUGGCCAGGCGGAGGAUAAUGGCGAUAGGGGAGGCGAGGCUGAGGACGGUGCCGACAAGGGAGACGAGGUUGCAGGACGCAGCGAGAGUUUACUGAAGUACAUUAAUGCUUAA